AUGGACGUCCGGGGGGUGCGCUACUCGGCUGGCGAGAACCUCCUUCAGACUACCAUCAACGAUAUCUACAGCCAUCGCGAAGACGCCGACGAAGGUGGUGCGCGUCACAUUUGUAUCACCUGCGUGCAAGAUAUCUCGUACAAUUCUAGUUAUAUUUAA